CCCAACCGGGUGUGCAUCAUGGUGGAGCCUUCACCCUUCACCUACGUGUGUGGCUACAUGAACCGCUACCGCAACACCAUCCGCUUCCUCACCGAGGCGGGGGUGGACGUGCUGGUGGUGACGCCCGGCCCCGGCAUGACCGCGCCUGGCAUCGAUUUUUCGGCAGCCUGCGAGCAGCCUGCCGAAUUCCACGGCGCGCGGGUUGUGCAGGCCUUCAGCUUUGGUCUGCCCUGGUACCUGUCACUGCCCCUCAGCUUCGGCCUGUCCCCUCGUAUCUACAAGGAAGUCAAGGCCUUCAAGCCCGACAUCAUCCACUGCUCCAGUCCCGGCAUCAUGUGGCUGGCCGCCCUCAUCUACUCCCGCCUGCUGAAGGCACCGCUUGUCUACUCCUAUCACACACAUGUGCCCGAGUACAUGCCCAGGUACGCAAUGACGCUGUUCAUCUCAGCAAUGUGGGCUAUCAUCCGCUUCUUUCAUGCCGCCGCGCACCUCACCCUGGUCACCAGCGGGGUCAUGGCAGCAGAGCUAGCGGCGCAGGAGGCGCCGCCUGCACACGCCAUUGAAGUGUGGAAAAAGGGUGUCUGCUCUGACACGUUCCACCCACGCUUCCGCAGCCAGGCAAUGCGCGAGCGGCUAAGCGGCGGCAAACCAGACGCCCCUAUCUUGCUGUCUGUGGGGCGGCUGGGCAAUGAGAAGAACCUCAAGUUCCUCAAGGGCAUUCUGGAGCGCAUCCCUGGCGCCCGCCUAGCAUUUGUGGGCGAUGGGCCGGCACGUGAGGAGCUCAAGCAGUACUUCAUGAACACGGCCACGGUGUUCACCGGGAUGCUGCAUGGCGAGGAGCUCAGCACGGCGUAUGCCUCGGCCGACAUCUUCGUAAUGCCAUCCGAGACAGAGACCUUGGGCUUUGUGGUGCUCGAGGCCAUGGCCAGCGGAGUGCCGGUGGUGGCCGUAAGGGCUGGUGGCAUCCCUGACAUCCUGACUAAGCAAGGGGAGACUGGCUAUCUUUACCAAUCCGGCGAUGUUGAGGAGGCGGCUGGCCAGGUGGCGCAGCUAAUUGAACACCCUGAGCUCCGGGCGCGAAUAGGCACUGCGGCCCGGGAGGAGGUGUCUCUCUGGGACUGGCGGGCAGCCACCCUGCACCUGCUGCACGUGCAGUACCCACUAGCCAUUGCAGCAGCUGCACUCUACUAUUGCCGCAGCGCAGGCGGGGAACGUGGAACAGGUGGCACCACUGUUGACAUGCCUGCUCUGGCUGCCUGAGCUGGCAGCGCACCCUUGACAGCCUUCUGCUUGCCAGCAUUUUGACACCAAACUGCCCUUUUGUUGCCUGCCUGGAGCACCGACAUUGUUACCAUAAUCAC